CAGGUAGUCGGUAAACUUACAACAGCCACGGUGGAUUUUAAUUCAGGGCAAAACACAAAUCUGACUUUAAAGAUAUGGAAAAUGUUCGCAUAGUGCUGCUAUUUAUUGUCUCAUUUACCAUAGUAGUAUGUGCUAUCUACUGGUUUGUUGGUGCAACAGCUCCAUCUAUGGAACUUUACAAUAGCGUUCCCGAAAAGGAAAAUGUGAAUAUGAAGAGUGGACUAAAGACUACCGAAACCAAAACGCCCUCGAUAAUUAUCCAGUAUGGAAUGCCGCGCACAGCCACUACUUUGCAGUUCAACAUUCUUUGUGCAAUUGUGUCAUUGCAACAUAUAAGUGAAAUAGGAAGUGUUGGAUGUUUUUACAAUAAUAGAUCUCUAACACAAUUGCCUAAAUAUUCUGUAAUCAAGACACACCAAAUACAAUAUUACUAUGAUAUAGUACCUCCAGGAACGUGGGUGGUUACAACUUUAGACAAAACACGUCAACGAAAUCUACAAAGAGAAAUUAAAUCCAUUCAUUCUAAUAUUACCAGUCCGUUGAGUAUAGAAUUUUCAGUUGUAAAGGCACUCGGGGCGUCUAUUGUAUACAAAUACCAAUCGCUUUUUAGUGUGUCUGAUGAAAACAUUGAACAUGUUCUAAACUAUAUAAAGCUUUGGGAAAUGCUUCGUAUAUGUUGUGGACAGCAGAUGUCUGGAAAGUGGCGUGCCUUCCUUGUAAGAAAAACAUAUGCUUUGUCUUCACGAUCGCCAUGUUUAAUGUAUAAUAUAAGUGAAAUUGAAAAACGUUUCAUAAACACCCAUAUAUAUAAGCUUUUUUCUGACAAGCCUCUUGUACGCUCUGUAUUAACAAAACCAUCUAUAAGAGAUGGGAGAUUAAAUGGAAAAUACUGUGAAAUGUGUAACAGAAAUAUAUCUCUAAGAAGAAUUAAACAUUUCAAGCGAUGUUUUUAGAAUCAGUAUCAGUAUGAUAUCGUAGGAUGCCGUAUGAAAUUGUUAUGAACACGUUAAAAUCGUUACAUUUAUGUAACACAUUAGCCUUUAUGAUGAUUAAAAAAGAGUUGUUUUAAUUUCAACUGGUUAACUACUUGUUAAAUCCCUUUAUCUAAAGUAUAAAAAUGAAUGUGUAUUAACUUGGUUGUUUCUUAACAUUAAUUUGACUAUAUCAGUGUAAAAUGUAAACAUAUUUAUAGUUAUAUUAAUGUUUAAUGUCUUUGCCAUAUCGUGCAUGUGUGUAAAUGGUCAAAGACAAUGUUUAUGUAUAUAUAU